AUGAUCUCCCCCAGCACGAUAAUAGCUGCUGUGCCUGCGGCGCUCGUCGUUGAUGGUAAUGAUGGUAAUGGCACUGAUGACCUGCCUGCGGCGCCCAUCGCUGACGAUACUGGUGACAAUGGCACUGAUAGUCUCAUUGCGCUGUUGGCCCAGAUGAAUAUCACUGGGCAGGAGGUGUCUGAUGUGACGUCCAAGAUCCAUGAUGCGGUCCAGAACGUGCUGGUCGCCGCCAUUUCUGCUAUCAGUGCUGUUUCGACCACUUCGGCAUCAACUCCACUCGUCCCAGCGUUGACUCCUUCGACCACUUCGACAUCAGCUCCACUCAUCCCAGCGUUGCCAGCGUUGACUCCUGUUGUGAACUAUGAUGUGCCAGCGGCUGACGCUACGGGUCCCUUCUACUGGGUGACCCGUGGCCGCCGUAUUGGUGUAUUCUCUACUUGGCAGCAGACCUCGUCCCAUGUCAUUGGCGUGAGCAGGGCGUCUUUUUCGAAGGUCCGCUCAGUUGCCGAAGGAAUUCAGCUGAUGAAAGAGGCCAUUGGCCGCGGCGAAACGGAGGUGUUGACGUAA